GCCACGUUUGUCAGUCUGGCUCCGAACCCGUGAGCUCAGCCAGCCCCCGGCGCGCCUUGAGUCCGAGCAUUCCUCCACAGCGCCUGUCAUCCGGCAAGCCUGGCUUGCUCCUUCUUGGAGGUGUUCAGAACAGGCUGUUGCCGAGGCUGUGCGGUGGCUGGGUAAGGCGGUGAACGACCACUUCCGGCUUUCUGCGCUAUCAGCCUUGGCUUGUCUGCGAAAUGCCUCGUGGAUCCAAGAUGGCCGCCAGGCCAGAAAAGCAAAUGCAAAAUAUUUAUACUCUAAUGUUUUCCUUCAGCAACCAUCAACUGAGCUGGAAUUUGACCGGGUAGUGAUUUAUACCACUUGCCUUCGGGUGGUACGGACGACCUUUGAAAGGUGUGAACUGGUUAGAAAGAUCUUCCAGAACCAUCGAGUCAAAUUUGAAGAGAAAAACAUAGCUCUGAAUGGUGACUAUGGAAAAGAGUUAGACGAACGAUGCCGGCGGGUUUCUGAAGCUCCUUCUCUCCCUGUCGUGUUCAUUGACGGCCACUAUCUCGGGGGUGCUGAGAAAAUUUUGUCAAUGAACGAAUCAGGAGAACUGCAAGACCUCUUAACCAAAAUUGAGAGAGUGCAGCAUCCGCACGAGUGCCCCUCCUGCGGAGGCUUUGGCUUCGUCCCGUGCUGUGUCUGCCAUGGAAGCAAGAUGUCGGUGUUCCGAAACUGCUUCACAGACUCCUUCAAGGCCCUGAAGUGCACGGCUUGCAACGAGAACGGUCUUCAGCGCUGUCAGAGCUGCCUGGGUUAG